AUGUUAGAUCUGACUUUCAAUGUAAAUAUCAAACCUGAUGUGGUCAAAAAAGUAUUUGAGAGCAUAUAUCCACAACGGCCAAUUGAAAACCUGACAUUUGAAACUCUUAGUCCAGAAGGAAGUGCCUCUAAUGCUGUUGGGAUUUUUGGAGCCAAGGACUAUUUCAUUAGCCGGAAGAAACUAGAUCCAUUUAUAUGCAAUUCCAGUAAUAAAAUGGAAGAUAUUUAUGUGUCUACCCUGGAUCUUGAUCCCGCCAAAAUUCUUCGCGCCUGUGUUGAAUUGAUGGAGGAAAUGCGCGGACCGCGGUCCCUUCCAAGUGAGAAGACCAUUAUAGCCAUGCCAAAGUACAGAAGUGAGUUUCACCCUUCGCAUCACUCUGAAUUAUUAAAAAAAGAAUUACUUAUGGCAUUUCUAGUACUGGAUUUCAUCCUUAUUGCUUCGAACAUAACAACGCAGAUGUCAAUGUUUUGGUAUCAAAAUGUAGACGACGCUGAGGUGUUAACGACGAAAAUAAAUGAAGUCAACGCUGAGAAUGUCAUCCUCUUACUGCCAUCUGAAAACGUUAAUAAUGUUAUUGAAAAUGCUUACAAUAAGAGCUUAUUCACAUGGAAUCGUCGAUGGGUAAUAGCUCCCAUGGAUGGAGGCAUACCACAGCCUCCAAAAGGUCACGAGGUAGACAUGGCAAAUGUCUCCGUUUUGUAUGUUGGAAAUUCCGAAGUACCGUUAGGAGAUAUAGCAAAUACCAUGGAGGAUAAGCUCGCCUCUGAUACUGCGCACGCAGCCAAGGCCUAUAUUGAGUCGGCCUGUAAUGACAGCCUAACAGAGACACAUUACACCGGUCUAACCGGUGAUUUCGAUUUCAACAACAUAAAUGAACCAAGAACAUCCAUUGCUCUGACAGUAGCGAGGGGAUUGAUGAAGACACCAAAGAACGUUGGAUCAGUGGUAAUCAAGGACAAUACGGCCAAAAUAAAUGGGACGUUUAACGAAUUGUUUUCAUUCACAAAUGAGGCAAUCGAAACUAUUCUGAAAUCCCGCAAGAUGCGAAUCGCUGUAGUAUUGGCGACUCCGUUUGCGAUGUUCAAGGAUAGUAGCAAGAAAAUCUCCGAACCAAACUCUUGCAAUAUUUUCGAUCUUACUGGAAUGACAAUUGACGUUGUGAGAGCAAUUCUCGAUCCUAUUGGGGUUGAAUACGAAUGCACCUGCUACCCAGUUAGCAUGUCAAGUGAUUCCCUAAUGAGCGUCAACCAAGGAUUUGCGGAUAUGGCGGUGGGAGAUUUUGCUGUAUUGCCUGAUCUAAAGGACGAGUUCGACUUUAUAAGCAAUUUCCUCUACUUCACCUUGGCAAUUCUAGAGAAACCAGAGAUCACUCAGAAGAAGACUUACCUCUGGCUCUUCCUUCAACCUCUCUCUGCUGGCUCCUGGGUACUAAUACUCUUUUGCUCCAUUGUGGUCGCUCUGGUUCUCGCCACCCUGAACUACUUCUCGCCCAAUAAUGUAAACUAUGGCUUUUACGAAUCGAUUUUUGUCACCUUCGGAUGUCUGUUUCAAGGUCUCACUGUCUCGCCACCAAACCAGUGGUCCAGUCGUUUCAUGCUCUGUGUCUGGUGGCUGUUUGUCCUCUUCUUCACUGUCAUCUACAUCGCCAACUACGCCGCUUUAAUCAUGUACAAUGGAAUCCAAAGUGAAGCCACCGGUUUUACGGGAUUGCUAGUUGAUCCAUCAAUACCAUUCGGCGCGUUGCCCAAUUCGGUGGCCGCAGCACAAAUAAAGCUCUCCAAUGAUCUCGAGAUACAGAAAAUUAACUACCUGAGUGAUAAGUUAUACUCCCAGGCCAAUGAGAGAAAUAUUACAAUUGAGGAGAGAGUUCAACAAGUGCGAGAUGGGAAAUAUCGUCUCAUCAGCGACAGUUUCACACUGGAUUACUUUGCCAACAAGUACUGCCUCGUCGUUACUGGGGAGUACUCCUCGCAGCAGUACGCUAUUUUUCUCAAACUAAAUACCGUCUAUACCAAAUAUCUCAAUGGCAGAUUAACAGCUCUCAUUAACGAUGGAACUAUCAAGAAGAUUACCAAUUCAUACACCGACCAACAAAGCUCAAGGACUUGCACGAUGCCAGUUGAAAAAGGCGCAAACGGGGGUGGACACCGAUACACAAUCACCCUCUCCGAAGUCGGUGGAAUCUUCAUUCUAAUGCUGAUCGGUAUCGUAAUCGCCAUAAUCCUCUCCAUAGUAGAAUGCAUAUUCGCACGCAAGUUAAUGGUAAUCACUACUUCUAUUUUACAGCAUUGCUAA